AUGCUAACAAUUCUAGGACCGGUACACGGUAAGGGCAUGGGAGCAGAUCUGUGCCCACAGUCAAGCCAUGACCACGUUCGAGAGGUAUGGAAUCUGAUCCUCAAACCCAUCUUCCCUCUUGUAUCGACUGAUGGUAAGCACUUCACAGUAAAAAACGAGGACGACCGAGAUAGGUUUCCCCAGAUUGCCGUUACUAAUCUGAGUGGUCGAUCUGGGACCCUACCACUCUUCAAGGUUUACUGCAUCGGAUCUGCUGAGCCCGACACGGAUAUGUGGAAGGCCUUGGAAGACGCGGUGCAGCUCGAUUUACUCGAGGCUUCGGGCCUCUUUGAGGGAAAACCCCGGGCAAGUCUUUUUGCAGCCGUUGCAAUUGGACCGCUAGUACGUUUUUACAGACUGGAUGAGGAGGAUUAUUUCUGCUAUGUCGAGUACCGCGAUAGAGAUGCGUAUAGCGUUCACCAGGAUUUCGAAGUCAUCGUUGAACAACUGCUCCAGAUUCGAGGGGCUAUGGCGUGA